AUGACAAUCGAAGACAGUGUGAUGGACAUACCGUCCCACGAACAAAACUUAUCCCAAUACGUGACCCGUUCACUUGAAGAAGAAGAAGAUUUUCACUUCUUACGAUUCGAGCAUCUUCAGCGGCUGAACAUAGUGCAACUUCAGAUCAGGCUCGUACGGCUGAAAAGCACGAUCCACCGCCGUGGACAAGCUGAGCCAGACGAGCUUGAUGAUCUGAAUGCUCUGCUCGAGAGGUACAGUAUGGAUUAUCAUCCUAUAUGGCAUGUCCAGAAGCUCUGCUCACCAGCCGCAACAGCGAUCGCGAUACGGGAUUAUGAAUACCUCCGCGGCCACGACAGCCUGGACAAGACGGAGACCCGGAAGCGCAAGCUGCUGCUGCAGCGCUUCUUCCAGACUCGCGGCGACUUCGGCGACCCCUUCCAGUCUCACUACUCGUCGUGCAGGGACGCGCACGGCGCCAAGAUCGACCCGCUCCGGCAGGCGCUGAUGCGCGUGCUGCCGGCGCAGCUGACCUACUCGUCGCACGAGAAGCGGGAGCGCAAGAAGGAGUACGCGGAGGGCCGGACGCCCAAGGAGGUGUCGGGGUUCGUCGACCGCCUGGUCCGGUUCUCCAUCGCGCUGACGGGCGGCGCCUUGCUGGUGGCGCCCAUGAUCAUCAUGACGCUCAACCAGUCGCAGGAGAAGAGCCUGGUCACGGCGUCGGCGUUUGUCGUCCUGUUCGCCUUCCUCGUCUCCAUGGUCUUCAGGGGCUCGAAUAUAGAAACACUGGCCUCGACGGCGACGUAUGCCGCUGUGCUUGUGGUGUUUGUCGGCACUACGACGGGGGUAUCGACAGCGCAGGUUACAUAG